CCGGAUUCGCCGGCUGCAGGAGCCGCCAUGGCUGCCAUAUUGGAAAGGAAGUGAGUGCAGGAGGCGGCAGUGGCGGCCUGGGCGGAGCAGCCCUUCCCCAUUCUUAGUGCGGCGGGUCUCCUGACCCUGGUGGCCCGCAAGAUCCUCCCGCAGCCAGGGGAGCGGUAAUACGGAGGCGGGAGCGGGUGGUUGGUGACGCGGCGGUUUGGCCGGCCUGAACACCCGGGCGGCGGCGGCGGCGGCGGCGGCGGCGGCUUUGGCCUAAGAUGGCGGACCCGGCGGAGUGCAACAUCAAAGUGAUGUGUCGCUUCAGGCCCCUCAACGAUUCUGAGGUGAUUCGAGGCGACAAAUACAUCGCCAAGUUCCAAGGCGAGGAUACCGUGGUCAUCGCGUCGAAGCCUUAUGCAUUUGACCGUGUGUUCCAGUCGCUGACAUCACAGGAGCAAGUAUAUAAUGAUUGUGCAAAAAAGAUUGUCAAAGAUGUGCUUGAGGGAUACAAUGGUACGAUAUUUGCUUAUGGACAAACAUCAUCUGGGAAGACCCACACUAUGGAGGGGAAACUACAUGAUCCAGAUGGAAUGGGUAUCAUUCCCAGGAUAGUCCAAGAUAUUUUUAAUUAUAUUUAUUCCAUGGAUGAAAAUUUGGAGUUUCAUAUUAAGGUGUCGUAUUUUGAAAUUUACCUGGAUAAAAUAAGGGACCUUUUGGAUGUCUCAAAGACCAAUCUUUCUGUUCAUGAGGACAAAAACAGAGUUCCUUAUGUGAAGGGCUGCACUGAACGUUUUGUAUGUAGUCCAGAUGAAGUUAUGGAUACUAUAGAUGAAGGAAAAUCUAAUAGACAUGUAGCAGUUACAAACAUGAAUGAACAUAGCUCUCGAAGUCAUAGCAUCUUUCUUAUUAAUGUAAAGCAAGAAAACACUCAAACAGAGCAAAAAUUGAGUGGAAAGCUUUACCUCGUAGAUUUGGCAGGUAGCGAAAAGGUUAGUAAAACGGGAGCAGAAGGUGCUGUCCUGGAUGAAGCUAAGAAUAUCAACAAGUCUUUGUCAGCUCUGGGAAAUGUCAUUUCUGCUUUAGCUGAAAACAGUACAUAUGUUCCAUAUCGUGAUAGUAAAAUGACCAGAAUCUUACAAGAUUCACUAGGUGGCAAUUGUAGAACCACAAUUGUCAUUUGCUGCUCUCCAUCAUCUUACAAUGAAUCUGAAACAAAAUCUACAUUGUUAUUUGGUCAAAGAGCCAAGACUAUCAAGAAUACAGUGUGUGUUAAUGUAGAACUAACUGCAGAACAAUGGAAGAAAAAAUAUGAAAGAGAAAAAGAGAGAAACAAGACUCUGCGAAACACUAUUCAGUGGCUUGAAAAUGAGCUCAAUAGGUGGCGUAAUGGAGAGACUGUACCUGUUGAUGAACAGUUUGACAAGGAAAAAGCCAAUUUGGAAGCAUUUACUGUGGAUAAGGAUAUUACUAUUACUAAUGAUACACCAACUGCUACUAUUGGAGUGAUUGGCAAUUUUACUGAUGCUGAAAGGAGGAAGUGUGAGGAAGAAGUAGCUAAGUUGUACAAACAGCUAGAUGAUAAGGAUGAAGAAAUCAAUCAGCAGAGUCAACUGGUAGAAAAGCUAAAAACACAGAUGUUGGAUCAGGAAGAGCUCCUAGCAUCUACCAGGCGGGACCAAGACAAUAUGCAAGCUGAACUGAAUCGUCUUCAAGCUGAAAAUGAUGCCUCUAAAGAGGAGGUAAAAGAAGUGCUCCAAGCCCUUGAGGAGCUUGCUGUCAACUAUGAUCAAAAGUCACAGGAAGUGGAAGACAAGGCAAAGGAAUUUGAGCUGCUUAGUGAUGAACUGAAUCAGAAAUCGGUUAUCUUAGCUAGUAUAGAUGCAGAACUUCAGAAACUUAAAGAAAUGACCAAUCACCAGAAAAAACGGGCAACGGAAAUGAUGGCAUCUCUAUUAAAAGAUCUUGCAGAAAUAGGAAUUGCAGUGGGAAAUAAUGAUGUAAAGCAACCAGAAGGAACUGGCAUGAUAGAUGAGGAGUUCACAGUUGCAAGACUUUACAUCAGUAAAAUGAAAUCCGAAGUGAAAACUAUGGUAAAACGAUGCAAGCAGUUAGAAAGUACGCAAACAGAAAGCAAUAAGAAAAUGGAAGAAAAUGAAAAAGAGUUGGCAGCCUGUCAGCUUCGUAUCUCACAGCAUGAAGCCAAGAUCAAGUCACUUACAGAGUACCUUCAGAAUGUAGAACAGAAGAAAAGACAGCUUGAAGAGUCUGUGGAUUCCCUUAAUGAAGAGCUAGUUGAGCUUCGAGCCCAAAAAAAAGUUAAUGAGAAGGAGCACUUAAACAAGGUUCAAACUGCAAAUGAAGUCAAGCAAGCUGUUGAGCAGCAGAUUCAAAGUCACCGUGAGACUCAUCAGAAGCAAAUUAGCAGCCUAAGAGAUGAGGUUGAUACAAAGGAGAAAGUAAUUACUGACCUACAAGAUCAAAAUCAGAAGAUGAUGCUUGAGCAGGAACGACUCAGAAUUGAGCAUGAUAAGCUGAAAGCUACUGAUCAAGAGAAAAGUAGGAAACUGCAUGAACUUACGGUUAUGCAAGAUAGGAGAGAACAAGCGAGACAAGACUUGAAAGGUUUGGAAGAAACUGUGGCCAAAGAACUCCAGACCUUGCACAACCUUAGAAAACUGUUUGUUCAAGAUUUGGCUACCAGAGUUAAGAAGAGUGCAGAAAUUGACUCAGAUGACACUGGGGGCAGUGCUGCUCAAAAGCAGAAGAUUUCUUUUCUUGAGAAUAAUCUUGAACAGCUCACAAAAGUCCAUAAACAGCUGGUACGUGAUAAUGCAGAUCUUCGCUGUGAACUUCCAAAACUGGAGAAACGGCUUAGAGCUACAGCGGAGAGAGUUAAAGCUUUGGAAUCAGCACUAAAGGAAGCCAAAGAGAAUGCAUCCCGUGAUCGCAAGCGAUACCAGCAAGAAGUAGAUCGUAUUAAGGAAGCUGUGAGGUCAAAGAAUAUGAUCAGAAAGGCACAUUCUGCACAGAUUGCUAAGCCUAUUCGUCCUGGUCAACAUCCAGCAGCUUCUCCAACUCAUCCAAGUGCAAUUCGUGGGGGAGGUGCUUUUACUCAAAACAGCCAGCCAGUUGCCCUACGUGGAGGUGGAACCCGGCAGGAGAAAGCAUAAAUUUAUAUGAUCGAGUUUCUCCGGCUAUUUCUAGAUGCUGGUACAAUGCAGCAUGAAGAGGAUUGGACAUCGCGCAAUGAGAGUCAUUCCGUGGCAGUGAUCUCUGUCUCUCCUUGGGGACUGUAGGAUUAUUUUUUGAAAAUUGUAUAAACUUAUACUGGUCUGUACAGCUCUCCUUAUUCUGGCUUAAUUUGGCUAAUUGAUUCCCAACAAAACUAGGAAAAAAACUUGUUCUUCUUGGAUAAUUGACGUGUAACUUAAAAUGUAGCUCUCAUUACAUGAUCUGUCUUUCACGUCUUAAAUUUAGUCUGCACUGUGCCAAGUUGAAUGUAUGUUAAGCAACAUCUUAGUUAAAAUUUCCUAGCUUAAUUUAUGUAUAUUUAAUGGUCUUAGGGAAUGUGGAACAAUGUUGAAGUAAGUUUUGAUUUUACCACUUUUAAUAACACUACUUGACCCACUCUUGAAUUAGAGCAGCACUGUACAUUAAGUUUGCCUGAAUGGCUGUAUAGAGUAAAGACUAAAAUUAUUUGUACAGUAUGCAAUUACUGAGGUGUGCUUAUGACUGCCUUUAGGCACUGAAGUCUCGAACAUGGAACUAAACAUUUAUGUUUUGGCGAGGCUACUUAACUGUUUGAUUAAAUCAAUCUCUGUUAUCAGGUUAAUGAGUUAAUACUGUAUAGCAAGUAGUAAAUGUAAGUUUACAUGGAAAGACUUGGCAAUGACUUUCAUCUGUCCUGUUCCUGAUUAUACACAGAAUGGUGUGAUGAGGUUGAAAACAUUCUGCUUCAUCUUGAUGAGCCAGUUAGUGGUCACCAGAGCUGUAUACAUUUGGUUAACUGCCAGAGGGCGAAAUCGGGACCCUGUAGAAUUCUUCUUGCAUUUUACUUUAUUCAGACUACCAAUUUGACUUAGGCAAUGUGAGUUAAUUAAAUAAAUGGAACAAGGUAAAUGAAUAAAGGAAGCAAAGUAAGUGUUUAAAAUGGCCAGAAAUGUCGGAUGGGUAUGGAAAUUGUGCUACACUGAAACUGUACUGUAACUUAUUUGUAAAUCUAGAGUUCUGUAAAUGUGUGUUACUCCAGAUAUCUUGUCAGACAUCUUAACUGCCUUUCAUUUUUUCCCCAAGCGAUGUCCUAAGCCCUGGUUUAAACAGUUGGCAGUUUUGCCCUACCAAGGAGCACUUGAAACUACAUGCCAUGAAGUUCAGAUAAUGCCUUUGACAGGGAGUUCCUGCUUGAUCUAUUCCAAAGGUUUUAGAAGGCUUUCUCAUUAGUCAUUAGAUUGGUAGGAGGCAAAGGGAGAAACUUUGCAACAUUGGAGAGAUUCUGAAUAACUGCUUUUUCAGAGUAAAUUAAUGCCAGUUUUAUAUCUUACUACAAUAUAUUCACAGGCACUUCGGGUGGGUGGGUAUAUUUCUGUAGAUCUUUGACUAACUUUUUUACAAAUGGAAGUAUUUGUAUUAUGAUGGAGCUUAGUAAUAGAAAAAGUAGACUUUUUUCUAUUCCUUAACUUCUGAUUUCUGUCUUUUUUUUUAAUGAUAGUUUUUAGAGGCUGGAUUUUUUUUUAAUCAUCCAGACCCUUGUUAGAUUGCAAUUGUCAUAACAUAGACUUGGGUUGUGUGUGUGUGUGUGUUUGAAUUAAACACUCCAAACUUAAGAUAAAAGAAUUCUGGAACAUAAGAGGGGACUUGUACAAAGAUAAAAGAAUAUUUAAGAAAUGUUUGUAAGUGUUUUCGGUUGUAAUGGCCUAUGUCAAUUUCUCAAGAUUAACCAUACAGUUUCAGUCCCGAUUCAGUUUACACUGUUGAACUCUGGUUUCCUGGCAAUAUACUAAAAUGAAGCAGGAUAUUUUCUCAUGGCUGUUUAUGGUAGUUUCAUUCCUGUAAGUAAUGUAUCACGGGUUUUGGUGCUGACAUGGCUGUGUAAUUAAGCAGUUAAAUAAACUGUAACUAGCAUGUAGCUCAAAAUGUACAUCAUUUUUAUACCUAAGUUUUUAUUUUAUUUUAACCUAUUAUGAAGUUUAUGAAGAACUGCAACUUAGACUUUCAAAAGAACUCCUAUUUUAGUCCUUUAGCACACCUAUGGUAGGUUACAUGGACAGGACAACUUCUGGUUUUGUAAAUUUAAAAUCUGCAGUAGAAUUCUAAAUGCGUUGCUGUUUGGAUUUGUGGUCCCUAAGCUUUUCAUUCCUCUAGGUCAUUUUUUAAAAAUGGCUUAGGGUAGGAAUUGAGUGACAUGUAAGAACACUAUUUAUUCUUGGAGAUCAACUAAAUUAUUUGCAUAAUAUUGCUGAUAAAAUACUUUAACUCUAAUUUAGACAUGAAAGGACAAAACGUUGCCUACAAACACAGUGGCUUAUUCUCAAUACAUGAGGAUGCAUUGCAGAAUAAAUGGUUUGGAGAAGAUGCCAUAUAGUUAACUACCUGCAUGCUGUAAAUGUUUUUUGUGUUUUAAAUAAAGAAAAUCUUUCAAUUUUA